AUGAUUACUCUUCUUCCUCUACUCGAUCAGGUCCGCAUUCCAAACCCUACUGGCAAGAACGGCAAGCUAGCUUCACAGGAUCUCCGCAGUGCUAUGGAGAAGUAUUAUUCUGAAGGAAUGACAAGUUGGCAGGCAAUAAAUGAACGACUGAGACAGGAGCAUGGCAGCAAUUUUGGGUCACGAGCAAGCUUCUUCCGUGCCACCAAGUUCUUUGGGCUUGGUACUUCUCGCAAAAGCACCCUGUCAACUCAGGAUGUUGCUCAGGUGAUGCAGGAAGAGCUGGAGGAGGAUCUCAAUCAGGUUAUUGGCAAACGAGCAAUGAAACAUCGCCUGGCACUUCGAGGAUUCCUCAUUCCCCGUGACCUUGUUUAUAAAGCAAUGAAAGAAUAUGCCCCGGAGGGUCUACAGUCACGACGUCCGGGCCACAAGAAAGUUCCUCGUUUUCCCAUCAUCUCUGUUGGUCCAAACGAACAAUGGUCUAUUGAUGGCCAUGACAAGCUGUCAUCAUAUGGGAUUGGGAUUUAUGGAAUCAGGGAUGUGUACUCAGGACGCCUUCUGGCUCUCCAAGCAAUGCCAUCCAAUCGAAGGAGUGAAGAUGUGCAUUGCAUCUUCGUCAAUACCGUCUUGAAGGCUGCAGGAUUUCCCUUACAAAUUGCAAGUGAUCGUGGUUCAGAGAUUGGAGAGGUGAUUGCCACACAAAUAGCAUUUCGAACGACAUACUCAUCCAUCUCACUUGAAGACGUGUUUCCAUACAAGUUGCUAAAGAGCACUCACAAUAUUACCAUUGAACGAUCUUGGCGAAAUGUUCGUGAGAAUGUGGUUGAUCAAGUCAAGGCUGCUCUUCACUCAGCCUAUGGUUCUGGUCUGAUUCAUGACGGUGAUCCGGUGCAUCAGACACUGGUCAAUUGGAUUGUUCCACCGGUAGUCCAGCAGUGCCUAGACGAUUUUGCUAAAGUCUUCAACUCUUAUCCCGUGCAAUAUCAAAAGGAGAAGGCAAAUCCUUCUGGUGCAUCACGGAAUGAGAUAUACUUCAACCCAACACGAUGGGGAGGGAGAAACUGCUUACAGAACUUCCCUGAAAUCAGUGUCAUUGAAGAUUUCCAGGCCCAGGUCAGAGCUCGAGCCCAACUGGCAUGGGUGUCUGAGGAGGUCCACAAUAUCUGCAUGGGUAUUGUAGAACGGUCAGGACUUGUAUAUCCUCCAACUAAUUGGGAAGCUGCUUGGUUUCUCUUCAGGGAGGUGGAAGUUGGUGCACGUGAACCGUUGCACCAGCUAUGGCUGGAGAUUCAAACCACUUGA